AUGGACAAGGCAAAACGUGACUGGCUUUUCGCCAACAUGUUUCGUCACGGAGACGACCUAAGCAAGUACGAAGCGUUUGUGCCUCCAACUUUGCUGGUGAAGCCCCCAACAACGAAAGAGACAAAGAAGCGGCCACUUUCUGGAAGUCCAUACUCGUCUAGAUUCGAGUUGCCCGGUCGGAAACUCGUCCCGCAACCGAACCCACAGCUGCAGGAUCGAGAGCGCAACUGGGUGGCAACUACACCUCACGACUCGAAGCUGCCGACGUAUGACUCCAUCCUAGACAAAUACUGCACGAGAGUCACAUGCCCCGAGGUCCAGCGCCAGAUCUACCAGACCAGGCAGCGAGAUUUGUCACCACAGUUGGCAUUUGUUCUCGAGAAGCGGGUGGAGAAGCACUACCGGAAAGGAUUUUACGACUCUUUUGGCGGAGUCGGCUCGUACAGGACCGAAAUUGUGCCAACACCCCCAAGCGAUGGCACGCGGCAACGUAUGCAGGUCUAG